UCAUUGCAAGACAUUUAGAAAAAUAGAGGUGACGGAUAAAUACUCGCUCAAACUAGCCACUCAAGUCUACAGGCGAUCAGGCUUUAAGGUUAAGUCAAUCGGACGUUUAUACGGUGGUCUCAUGCACCUGCAGUUUCGUUAACUAUUCAGUAGACACUCAAUCAAGAAUGGAGGAAAAUCUCGACGAGACAGUCAGAAGUAAUCUGAGUGAUGGGCCUUUCGUAUCUUCCCAAGAAAAAGGUUUCCCCAUCAGCGGCUUGCAUUAUCUCAAAACCGACCACCAAAAUUGGCUGAUCAAAGUCCGAGUUACAAAGAAAACUGGCAAAAUAAUAGUAAAUAACGGGGUAAGCGAAGUGAAAUAUUUCAAGAUGAAUUUGAUCGACUUGUGGAAAGGCGAAAUAGAGGCCAUGGCGUUCGGAGAUGAAUGCGAUCGAUUCUUUGAAAUUUUUGAGGUUAACAAAUGCUUUUCAAUUUCAACGGCCGUAUUGCAACCAGUCGGUUCGCGCAGCAGCCUGCAGCACGAAUCGAUACUCAAAUUAAAUCAUUCGACCAAAGUGGAAUGUCUUGAUGACGACGAUUCUAUUUCCAACGCAGAAUUUUAUUUCGUGCCCAUCAAAACCAUUUUAACGAUGAAGCCCGGGAGUUUUGUAGAUGUUAUUGCUGAUGCGUCGUUCGUCGGGAAAGUGUCCAUGGGUCUGUCUCAAUCCACUCAGCGACAUUACACGAAACGUAAAUUAAAUCUAAUCGACGACGUUGGCGAUUCGAUCGUUUUGACCGCGUGGAACGAUCUGGUCAACGAUUUGAACCAACACGAUUAUUUCGGCGACUCCGUUUUGCGCAUCGCCGUCAGAGGUUCGCAAAUUGUCGAGUACAAGGGGAAACUUGAACUCGGCACCGUCUCCACUACCAUCUUGAAAAUAAACGAAGAGCUUAAAGACAUACCAGGAUUCUUCAAUAUUAUCGGACGGAGCUCGCAAAUCGCGCCGAUUUUUGAAAAAAGCUACGAAUCUGAUGCCAUCUGCAAAGACAUUACGACUUUUCAAGAAAUCAAAGAUCUGAAGACACCCUAUCGUCCCGAGCGUUACUCUGUUCGAGCAAUGAUCUCUAUAAUUAUCGAAAAUUCGCCAUUCUAUGAGGGAUGCUAUUUCGAAGGUUGCAGAAAGAAGGUGAAUUUCAAUUUACUAACCAACAAUUAUUACUGUUCAAAGUGCGAUGUGGAAAAUCCGGAAUUCCGUUGGUGUCUCAUCCUGAAAUUUCAACUGAAUGACAUUAGUGGGAGCCAGAGAGUCACCUGUUUCCAAGAGGGAUUAGAAGAUCUCGUUGGUAGAUCGAAGCUUGAGCUGUUGCACCACUUUUGGUUUUCAUCGCGUCACGAGUUAUUCUGGCAGCAAAUCAACGACUGUCUACGAUUUCGAUAUUUUCACUUUCGACUGAAAUUCGAGCCCAUUUCAUACCUCGGCGAUUUCCCGCCCAGCGUCGUCGUCCUCGGCGCUGGCCGAAUCGAUCAAAUAUCUCAUUGCCAAAAGAUGAUUCACGAGUUGCGUCACGAGCGCCACAAUCGAAUGUUACCGACUCCGCGUCCACUCAGUAAACCAACGGGAUAAAUAGAUCGCCAUUAUCUUCAAUUGCAAAUUCUAUUCAAUUAUCCAGCAACUUUUUCAUCGUUGAAAAAUCAAAGGCUGCUUGAUGAGUCUAGACUCCGACAUAUAACUGUAAACCCAAAACACUUAUAUACUUCAAGGACUAAAUAAUUUUGUUUUUGUUUUUCAAAACGGAAAGCGAUAACAAUGCAUUAAAAAUUGAAUGGAGAGAGCGAGCGCAGAGUUGUAAUAUUAACGCUACAUUGUUUCUAAAAAUAAACAAAAAUGUACAUAAACCGA